AUGCAGUCUUUCAUAAUACAUAAUAUAGUGUUAGGUGUAAGUAACGAUAUUUAUGUUAUGCUAUAUAAAAUCACAGGAUUCAGAACUUUUGUUGGGGAAGAGUUAUUAAUGGAUACAGACAACGAAGACAUUCUACGUCGCAACCGGACGCAACUCAUAAACGACUUGGAACCAAAUCACGUGCUUGGAAAACUGUAUGAAGAUGGCGUCUUGACUGAAAAUGACUGUGAAGGCAUCAGGAACAUCUCUACACAAAAGCUUCGUUGUCAAGAAUUACUGGCAUUGUUACCAACUAGAGGGAACGCGGCAUAUGGGUCGUUCCGGCAGGCAUUGGAGGACAAUGGGUACCGACAUAUUUUAAACGUUUUACCAAAAACAGCUACAUACGAUGCGGACAAACCGACCACAAAACAAAGAGAAGGUGUUUGUGAGGAAUGUGCCGAUGUCAUACCUAAAACAACUUCGCAUCCAGGUUUAAGGGGCAUCUUCAAUAAACAUUGCUGUCGUUUAAGACGAAGCCUUGAACCUGUCGAUGUCAUAGAUUACCUGUUUCAGGAGCGAGUUCUGAAAGACCACGAGUAUGACAGCGUCCGAGUUGCGCCAACAAGACGACAGAGAUGUGUUGUUUUUUUUCAAAUUAUUUCAAAAUCCAACCAUCCGUCACUUGUGCACAUAAUCAAAUCAUCGUUUGCAAAGAAAUACUCAUUCAUACUCAAAUACUUAGAAGAGGCUGGCACAAAUCAAGGUGAUGAAGAAAGUGAACCUGAACAUUACGCCAGGGAUCUCAAUAAUGAAUCUCUUAAGACAGUUCUUAAUAACGAAAGUGAAAACAGAACACAAAGUGAUGCCGAUGAUGAACCAAAUCCAUGCUCAAGAGCUCAGAAACAAAAUGGAUGCACAGAGAUAAUUUUCGAUAAAGAAAGUGACAUCCCCGGCGAUAAAGCACCUUUAACAGAAUCAAAAUUCAUUAAUCAGACUGUUGCAAUCAAAGAGACACACAGUUGUAACAAUGGUCCAAAUUUUUCGUUAGGCGAUCCAGAGCAUUUGGCGAUUAGUCAGAAUGGUGGAGUUCUGGACCGGAAACUCCUUGUUGCGUUCAAUUCCCUCAGCUCUUACAUAAAUCAAGGGCAAUACGAUAAAUUUGAAUCCUACUCAUUCCGUAUUCGACAGUUCUACCAUUCCAAUCCCGAUAUGAUGUGCCUGCUCGGGUAUCUUCAUGCCAGUCGCGAUCUCUACAAAUCUGAUUUCGACUCAGCCAAAAAACACAUAGACGAUUCCCUAGCUCUCGUUCCGCAAACUACAAACGGGAAAUAUUUUACCUUAGAACUUUUUGGUGCCAAGACUCGAAUGUACAUAUCAAGAAAGAAAGUAGAGAAGUUGCAGAGUACCCUGGAUGACGCUAAAAUGAUCAUUGAAUCUGAUCCAGUGGGCUGUACAGGGCGAGCUGCUGGGUGGCUCUACAUGAACGACGCUAGAAACAUCACGGCUCAAAUCACUAUGCUGAAUUUUAACAAUCAACGUAAUGUGAAAUUAUAUGAAAUGCUUCAUAAUCAAGCAGAGGCCAGUUUCCAAAAGGCUUUAUCAAAUUUUCAACGAGAUGGUGGAAAGGACGGACCAUUUGGAUUUGGCUAUGCGUUAUGUCGAUUGGCCAUUCUGUUGCUACGAUGUGGAGAUAACGGCUUGACUAUGGGUCAUUUGGACGUACCUAUUCUCGACGUUAAACGUGCUGGAGGCUACAUUCAACAACUAGAAGAUUCACCAUCUGCGAUACCUAAAAUCCUUGAGGUUCAUUUUCUACUCGCUAAAUGCGAUUAUCAGUUUAGAAGGAAUAACCCUAUUAGAAGUUUGGAACAUGCCGAAGCCGCACAUGAGCUUGCCACCGUCCUGAAUAUGCAAGAAUUUAUUGAUCAUGCCCAUAAUAGACUUGUAUACCUGAGAACUAAAACUCCUUUAAUGAUUGAGGAGGUUCAUGACGACGAAAUUGAUAGAUUUCUAUUCCCGCCCGGGGUAAGUGAUGCUGAUGCAUCUAUGUCAUCUGAUUAA